CUAAUGUACUGUUAAUAAGGAGGUUAUCACAAGGGUAAUGAGUUGCCAUUCAUAAUGAGAUGAACAUCUGGAGAUGGUCUGUCUUCAUGGUACUUGUAUUGAGAAAGGAGAAGUUCUGAAUUGCGUUGUUUGCAUAGAUGAAAAACAUAAAGGUCACAAAUUGAUUCCAUUAACGAAAUUACUAAAUCUGAUCAGAAAAUAAGAAUCUUUAAUAAUGCUAGUAAUUAUUUAAUCAUUUACAUAUUUAAGAACACUUUAAAUUAUUCGCAAAAUUUAGAGAUUCAGAUAACUCAAUUAAAUAAAUUGUAAGAAUAAAUUAAUUAGGUAAUUUAAAAACAAAGAGAAUUGCUUGAAUAAUAACUCAAAUUUGAUAAAUGUAAGUAAACAUUUUAGAUUUAGUAAUAAUAUCACAUCAAUUUAUGGCAUCAAUUAAUGAAGCAAAACUGUUAGGAUAAAUGAUUUAAAAAUUGUUACUAAAACUAGAAUACAAUCCUAGAGCAUAGUAAUUGAUCUCAAGAAUUUAACCAUUAAAAGAAGAAUAACCAUAAUUCAAUUAAUUUUUGAUGAACUUAAUGAAUUUUAGAGACAUUUUAUAAAUUCCACCAUAAGAUACUACAUUAGUACAAGCUUCUAGAACAAGUAGUACUAGUAGACAAAAUAGAAAUAAUUCAAUCAAUACAGAAGGAUAUAGAACAAUGAGAUCCUAUGAUCGAUCUCCUCUAUCACCAUAGCCAUUUGAAGAUAGAUUAUCUGUUACAUAAUCUUUAUCUAAUUAAUAUUAUAGACCUAAUUCUUAAGGAAAAUAAUUAAUAGGAGAACCUAGUCCACCACCUCCAAUGAAAGAAAUUUCUUAUAAAUUUCAUUCUGAGUAUCAUGGUGAGGGAGUAUAAAUAAAAGGCAAAUAGGCUAAACAAAUCUUAAAUACUGAAGGUAAUAUAGUAUUGAUAGGUCCAUCAAUAUAUGGUAAUGGAUUAAUUAGAGAUAGUAAAUUAAGAUUAUUGAUAAGAUCAUGUUAAAAUUAAAAUAUUCGAUAUCCUAUGGCUUUAGGUUUAUGUGAUUAAAAAAAGGUUAAAGAGAAACAUUUUUAAAAGGAUUCAGAAGGAUGUUAUUUCCUUAAUUCUUAUGGCUACAUUAAUUGUGAGAGUAAGCCUAAGAUUAAAUGUGGAAAGCGCUUCUAUAAUGGAAGUUAUAUAGAAUUAUAAUUUAAACCUUUUUAAAGUGAACUACAUAUCACAAUUGAUGAUGGAGAAGUAAUCAUUAUUAAGAUAUCCUUAAAUUAAUAAAAAUUGAUUUACUUUGCUGUUCGAUUAGGAGACAUAUAUGAUGCUAUUGAUAUUCUUUGA